AUGGAGGAGGAGUUCGUGGCGAAUCAGGAGAGGUUGAAGCCGCAGGAGGAGAAGACGGAGGAGGACCGGUCUAAGGUCGACGACUUGAGAGGCUCGCCGAUGAGCGUCGGGAACUUGGAGGAGUUGAUUGACGAGAACCACGCUAUUGUCUCGUCGUCGGUUGGGCCGGAGUAUUAUGUAGGGAUCUUGUCGUUCGUGGAUAAGGAUCAGCUCGAGCCUGGGUGUGCGAUUCUUAUGCACAAUAAGGUGCUAUCUGUUGUUGGACUACUUCAAGAUGAAGUUGACCCUAUGGUGUCUGUGAUGAAAGUUGAGAAAGCUCCGUUGGAGUCAUAUGCUGAUAUUGGUGGUCUGGAUGCACAGAUCCAGGAAAUCAAAGAGGCAGUUGAGCUUCCAUUAACACACCCAGAAUUGUAUGAGGAUAUUGGUAUUAAACCUCCCAAGGGUGUUAUACUCUACGGAGAACCUGGAACUGGGAAAACUUUACUUGCUAAGGCCGUCGCAAAUUCAACAUCAGCGACAUUCCUGCGUGUUGUUGGAAGUGAAUUAAUUCAAAAGUACCUUGGUGAUGGUCCCAAAUUGGUCAGAGAGCUUUUUAGAGUUGCAGACGAUCUCUCACCAUCCAUUGUUUUUAUUGACGAAAUUGAUGCAGUGGGCACAAAGAGGUAUGAUGCCCACUCAGGAGGUGAACGUGAAAUUCAGAGAACUAUGUUGGAGCUGCUGAACCAGUUGGAUGGUUUUGAUUCAAGAGGAGAUGUGAAAGUAAUCCUUGCCACAAAUAAAAUUGAGUCUCUUGAUCCUGCCCUCCUACGACCGGGAAGAAUUGACCGUAAAAUCGAAUUCCCUCUUCCAGAUAUCAAGACCAGGAGGCGUAUCUUCCAGAUACACACAUCAAGAAUGACGUUGGCUGAAGAUGUUAACCUCGAGGAGUUUGUUAUGACAAAAGAUGAGUUUUCUGGAGCUGAUAUUAAGGCCAUAUGUACUGAAGCUGGUUUGCUUGCUCUCAGAGAACGUCGCAUGAAGGUGACACAUGCAGAUUUUAAGAAGGCGAAAGACAAGGUCAUGUUCAAGAAGAAAGAGGGAGUUCCCGAGGGGCUCUAUAUGUAG